GGGAUUCUUUACGUGCCUCGGCCAAGACGGGAAAGUUUACGAUGACUUGAAAUAUGUCUGGUUGCAGGGAAGGCAGGUAUGGAUGUACAGUCGCCUGUAUCGAACGGUGCCGAAGUUCCGCCGCCAGGAAGUCAUAGCAGCGGCUCGAGCAGGCGGAGAGUUCCUGAUGCGGCAUGCUUGCGCGGCCCCUCCUUCCCAGAAAUGUGCUUUCGUGUUGACCCGUGACGGGCGCCCCGUGAAGAUCCAGCGCACCAUCUUCAGCGAGUGCUUUUAUGUGCUCGGGCUAGAUGAGCUCGGGCGUGCGACCGGAGAGCCCCGUUACCGGGAGGCAGCCCUGAAGAUGAUGGAGGCCAUCGUGCACUGGGUGCGGGAGGAUCCCUCCGAGCUGGGGCGUCCACAGCUAACUGGAGCCACCCCUCACGACUCCAUGGCCGUUCCCAUGAUGCUCCUCAACCUGGUGGACCAGCUGUCGGAGGGAGACGCCGAGGCCAUGAGCCGAUUCGCCGAGCUCGGUAGCUGGUCGGCUCAGCGAAUCCUUCUGCACGUGCAGAGGAACGGCACCGCUGUGUUGGAGAACGUUUCGGAAGACGGCGAAGAGCUGCCGGGGUGCAUGGGACGACAACAGAAUCCUGGCCAUGCCAUCGAAGCCGGCUGGUUCUUGCUUCGCCACGCCCAGCGCCAGCGGGAUGCAGGCCUCGUCUCUCAGGCGGUGGAGACGUUCAUGAAACGGCCGUUCCGUUCGGGCUGGGACCCUGAACAUGGGGGUCUGUUUGCUUUCCAAGACGUCGACGGGCUCUGCCCCACCCAGCUAGAGUGGAGAAUGAAACUUUGGUGGCCUCACACGGAAGCCAUGGUGGCGUUCCUCAUGGGCUUUGCCGAGACUCGGGACCCGGAGCUCCUGGAAAUGUUUGACCAAGUCGCGAAAUACUCGUUUGCCAAGUUCAGGGAUCCAGAGGCUGGGGAGUGGUUUGGCUACCUGACCCAGGACGGCCGCGUGGCACUCUCCGUCAAAGGAGGACCAUUCAAAGGCUGUUUCCACGUGCCCCGCUCUCUGCAGAUGUGUAAGGAAAUUCUGGAGUUGCUUAUUAAGGAGGCGGAAUCCCUCAACCAGGAAUGAAACGCUCUUCGGAGUCCAGGGCCGGGUCGCCUCCAUAUUCUUACUCAAGACGGGCCCGGAUUCUCGCCGGAUCUCCCGAGAAGCCACGCGUAACACUCCCGUUGUCUGCGGCUCACUCCAAACUGCCAUCUUUCGACACGAGACUUGGCUGUCCUGUUUGAAAGAAGCUUGCUGUGGCGACAGU